AAUCUAAAAUUCUGCGGGCAAUCGAAGAGUUCAGGAAGGUGAAUUGGCGACAUUCAUGAUGCUGUUUAAUUAAAAACGUGGUAAAUUUUACAUCACCUGUUAAAUAUUGAUGGUGGUAUAGAAGAUGAAUGUUGAUGUUAUUUCAGAGUCACUGAAAACGGAAAUAGAAGAAAUAGCUCUAAAAUCGGGAAUUGAUGUGCGUGAUUAUGCUGCUCAAGUUGAAUCAGAGUUAACAAAAAUAGAAGAAUCACUUAUAAAGACAUAUAUAACUGUCAGUCCUGAAGUAGCUAGUUUACAUAAUCAAAUUAUCUCAUGUGACGCUAUUCUAGAGGUUUGUUUCUUAUUUCUAAAGUAUGCUUCCAUCAUAAUUAAGCGGAUAGAAAACAUACUGACUAAUUUCCAUGAAGAUUUGGGCGCCAUUAGCACAGAAAUCCAGGAUUUGCAAAGCAAAUCUCUACAAAUGAACACUCGGUUGCAAAACAGACAGGUUGUUCGGAGUAAUUUAAGCCAGUUUCUUUCAGAUAUGGCCAUUCCUGAAGAGCUUAUACGACACAUUAUGUACACUCCUGUUACUGAACAAGAGUUCCUUGAAAACCUUCAUGAAUUGAACCAUAAAAUGAAUUUCUCGUUAGAGCAAUCUAUGGUGGAUUACAAAUCAUUUAAUGAUGUCAGUGUACUUCUAAAAAAGUUGAGAAUUAAGGCUGUUACAAAAAUCCGGGAAUUUCUGUUGGGUAAAAUAUACUCCCUACGUAAGCCGCUUACAAAUUAUCAAGUUCCUCAAAACCAAAUGCUGAAAUUUCGAUUUUACAAUUCGUUCCUCUUAGCUCAUGAUCGAGAGAUAGCUAAAGAAGUUAGGGUGGAGUAUAUCAAUACGAUGAGUAAAGUUUACUACGCCUAUUUUAAAGCUUAUGGUGGUAAAUUAACCAAAUUACAACUUGAUACAACUUAUGAAAAAGAUGAUUUAUUAGGGAAAAAUCCAGAUAAAUACAAUUCUGCAUCAUCUACAUCCAGUCUGGUGUUCAAUUCAAUUACUAAUGUUACUAAUAAUCCAACCGUAUCAGUGUCAUCUAAUUCUGGAACACGUGUCGGACUUUUUGGAUUAAGCGAUCGUGCAUUUCGUGUACUUGGUAAAUCGAAUCUAGAAAGUGCUAUUAUUUUACCACAUGUGGCCAGCAACGUUGAUGCUAAAUACCCAAUUGAAGUUUUAUUCCGUUCCAUUCACUACGCGCUUCUGGAUACUGCAUGUCGAGAAUAUUAUUUUCUGUCAGAUUUCUUCCUUCUUAGUACGGAAACUGGAUCUGUUGAUUCACCACCAUCUUGUGAUCAAAGUACAUCCAAUCAAGGUCAAACUCAAAGUGGUGUAGCCUUAGCUCAUUUAUUUGAGCAAGUUAUGAGUCGUAGUUUAAGUUGGAUACAUAAAUUUACUGGGACUUUCAUGAUUUCUUCUUGUUCUCAUGAUGCAAUCGGUUUAUUAAUUUGUCUCCAACUUUUACAUGCUUUGCUUCGUCUGGCUAAAGAGAGAGGGGUACCUGUGUUGGAUAAUUUUUGGUGUAAAAUGACUGAGACUUUGUGGGUACGUGUUACUGAUAGACUGGAUGUACAUAUAGCAUCCAUGCUGCAAUAUUUGGAUGUCAACAGUUUUAGUACAGAUGCUCGUGAUAUUAUGAAAUCCAAUUUAUCCACCCUAAAUAUCAAUACACCUGCAAACGCUACCGGAAAUACUGCUGUCGGUUUACACCCUAAAGUAUAUGCUCUUAUUCGUCCUCAUUGGAUAGCCAGACGUUAUGCUGAAUUAGCUGCUAGCCUACAUUCAAUCGGACAUCAAUUCCCUGGCACUCCACUUUUUGAUGACAGUAUGAGUAAAUCUAAAAGUUCAGAGAGUUCAAAUUUACAAUACUCUUUACAUAAUGAACCAUCAUUUCAACAAAACCUCGGAAAUUUGAAGCCUGCUUUAGAUCCUCGUAUCCUUAGUCGUUUGGCUCAAUUGCAAACUCAAUUCGAACAUGUACUGAAUUCUCUAGCCAAAACAUUUUCACGUCCAAAAUUAGCACACAUAUUUCUAAUCAACAAUUAUGAUUUAGUUAUAAGUGUACUAACUGAACAUGGAGCUGCUGAUUCUUCCGAGGUUGUUCGAUGUCGUGAAGCUGUAGCGAAGCAUAUGACAUCAUAUAUUGAUGAAGCCUUGUCACCUUAUUUUGGUUGUCUGAUAUCUUUUGUUCGCGAUGUCGAAGCCAGAUCAACUAGUGAAAGUCAUCGUCUGUCGAAAAAUCAAGAUGAAGUGACCCAAAAUAUUCGUAGUGAGGAAGCUCGGGUGACACGAAUAGUGAAGGGCUUCAAUAUCGAUUGGAAGAAUUCGAUCGAAAAGAUACAUGAUGAAAUCAUGAUGGAGUUUGCCAAUUUUACCUUAGGGACACAAAUAUUUCAGCUGUUUAUCAACGUUCAACCAAUAUCAAAGUCACAAUCUUCAAUACGAACGUCAAGACAGUUUUGCUGUACACAACUGAAACGUGGAGAACUACUACAACCAUCAUCAAACAUGUACAAGUAUUUAUAAACAGUUGUCUACGCAAGAUACUCAAUAUCCGUUCACCGGAUACUAUCAGUAACAGACUAUUGCGGUAGAGAAGAAAUCAGUUUCCAUCUGAAAAGGAAAUUAGGAAAAGACUCUGGCAGUGGAUAGGAUGUACAUUACGGAAAUCCCCAAACUGCAUCACGAGGCAAGCGCUUACUUGGAAUCGUGAAGGGAAACUGAAAAUUGGAAGACCAAAGAACACACUGCUUCGGGAAUUGGAAGCAGACAUGAGAAGGAAGAAUAGUAACUGGAGACAACUGGAAAGGAUUGUCGAAGACAGGGUUUGAUGGGGAACGCAGGUGGGCGAUUUUUCCUUCUCCACGAUGGGUAACAGGAAACUUUGCUCAACUGUUUUGGUGAUACGUUUAAGCAAAUGCAUUUAUUAGCAAAGAUGGAUGUUGGCUAGCAGUGGAAUCCAGGACACGCGUCUCGUUCUAUUUGAGGCUCGUCAGCUGGGUGUACCUGCAUCCCAGAGUUGAUCUUCAUUCCAGAGCUCGAACUCAAUACUGUUCACUUCAAACGCAAUCGCGUUAUCUACUUGGCUGAUCAAUCUCAGUCCUGAACAACAAUGGGAAGAUGGAAGUAAAACAACACCAAGUGAAUUAAAUGUAUUUAUUCUUUUCAGAUUUUUUCUUGAAAUGCGAGAAUCAUAAACUUGCAUUUACCAAAACAAUUACGGAAGACAUUGUUUGUAUGAAAUCAUUCAAAAGUUCUCAAAUACAAAUUUUUAUGCUAAAUCUGAAAUACAACAAUAUUAUAUUAUUGAGAUAAAAUUACUUUUAACACUUAUGUUCCUGAACAUAAGUAGAUUUAUUUUAAUCUUUAACGCUGAUGCUAAAACUUAAAAAUUAAAUAUAAUAUACAUCACUAUCUUACUUCAGCUAGUUAACCAUUAAAAAUCAGGAAGCAAUGAACGAUUGUUUUAUUUAUGGACUAGUCUUGAACUAGUCUUAAACUUUAUAUUUUUAAAUUUAACUUGCUAUGUUCAGUGUAUUUCAUCCAGUAUGUCGACGAUAUUUAUGUCAUUCGACUCGACUACAAUGAAGUUUUUCUCCAUAUAUUCUUUCUAGAAGUUAGGCAGUUCUUCUUAUAUAGGUCACGAUCAGCCUUCAGGUAAUUACAAAAUUUUAAGAAUUAAAUACUUCAGUGAUUCGGGAAGACAGAGGUUUACCAAUUAGAUGGUAACCAUUACAGACGUUCAGGCCUUAAGGUACAGCAUAUAAUAUAUAUUCUGGAAAUGAGUUUGUAGUAAGAAUUAGAUUUCAUAACUUGUUCUUAAUUUCAUAGACUUGUAGAUUACCUAUAAGAUGGAUCCUGCUAUGAACUAUAUUUCAUUUCAUAUACAUUCAUGCUCAGUUCCUUGUUAAAUAUUUUUAAGCAUAAAUAUGCGUUGUUCCUUGUAAGAAUGACUAGCUUUUCUGAUAAGUUAUCCUGCUUUUUCUAUCCGUUCGAUGGUAAUAUUGAGCAGUUAAUUUAGUUUUUGUAAGUAAUUGCUUAAUGAUUACUUUGUUAGUGUAUAUUAUUAACUAGUUGUAUGAUCUAUACAUGAAUACUACUGUCGGUCAAUUAAAGUAGAGACCAUAAAGUAUAUUUUGAUGACAUCGAUAUGUAGCCAACUUCAUUGUGAACAUAAACGGUAAAACUGUUUUAAAAUGGAAGUAUGUGGAUUGGUCAACAAAUUUACUGUCACUUAAUAAGUGAAAUUGAAUUAAAACAGCUAAAAAGUAUGAUAAAUUUAUGUUACCAUACAACCAAGCUUUUAAUAUAAGUCUAAACUAAUAUAUGCCUAAUUAAAAGCUUAACUACCCAAACAGAGCAAUCAAAUCGAUUUCUUAAUUCACCACGAUCAACCAAAGGAAAAUGUAAUGGACAGUUUAGAAUUCUGUUGUCUAAUUUGAUCAACAUCAAAUAAUGUGUCAGUAUUGAUAAUUUUCAUGCAACUUGAGCUACUUUGAAAUAAUAUCCGUCCGUUUAUUAGUUAUAUUUAAUUUCUAAAAUAUUUCUAUAAUCUUGAUUAUAUUAUACACCACUACUUUAUUUUCACUGACUUUUCACAUCCGAUACUUGAAUAAGUCUGACUAUUUUUAUUGAUUUUAUAACACAUAUCUAUUUUACUGUAGAUUACAAAUUGUAAAAAACUACCUAAUAUAUACAGUUGUACAGCUUAAGAAAAGGAUAUCGAUGAAAAGAAAAUUACCUCUGUUGAAACGUUUUUAUUUUUUUAGUAAACCUAAAGGCUCCUUUCAACUUUCGAAUUAUCUAUAAAAAAUCCAGGUACUCUGCUUCUUAAUUUUCAAACAUCUACUACAUACUGUUGAAGCUAUCGAUAUCCAACCUGACAAAAAAAGUAUUUUAAUUCAAAAGAAAAUUUACUUGAUUAAUCCUAAUACUUUUGCGAUUGAUGUAUUUUAAAUGUUUUCAUAAAUAACAGAGUGAUUUUCAACUUACUUGUCAUUCUUAUCCUAUGUUCUUAAUUAUAUAUGUCGUUGUUAUUCUCUCUGAUUGUGCACAAUCAUGUGUAAAAGUGUGAUCAUUGUAUGAGAUGUUUCAGUUUUUAUACCGGUUAUUAUGCAAUGUCAUCUGUAAUACUAUAUAUUGUAAUUUAAUUAUUAUAUCAAAACCAUUAUAUUCAGACUAUUCUACUUUAAGAAUUAAAUCUCCUCUUUGAUCACUCAUUGUGACCAUUUUAGAUGAAUAAGAAUUUAUAAUGCUAUUAAUUUAUUCACCAUUAAUUAAUUGCUAUUUAUUUUCUAUUGCUAUUAGCUAAUAGACUUAUAAAACGGUAUACCUGAUACAUAUACUAUUGAGAAUAUGAAUUCAUGUGACAUUAAGAUUCUUUUUUUUGCAGUUUUACGGCAAUUAAUUUUAUUCUUAAAACAGAAAAUUAAUUAAAGAAUAUUUUGUUC